GGAUUUCGCGAUUUCUCAACUCCGCAUCACGAUGACAGAACCAAUCACCAGCUUUCCGACAUCUACGCUCUUUAGCUCUCUGUUAGAGCAGUCGCGAAAACUACGCCGGGGCCAGGAUUCUAGUGGAUUGCCACCCAUCGAGCUAGGGCUGAGGGAAAUAGAAAGACGAGCCAAAGAGCUACGGAGCGCACCUGGGGGUCAACGGCAAACGGACGCUAGAGCGUACGUGUCGAAUUCCGUGAAUGUGUUUUUGUUGUCGGAUGCUGAUUUUUCUCUCUCUUUUGGGUGCCUCUUUACAGUCAUUACUUACUUGCUGCGGGAGGAAUAAACACUGAUGAAGUCUUGCGUGACUUGGACUCUAUUGAUUUCCAGAAUGCCUACGAGCCUUCUAGCUUUCGAGCCGAUACUGAUCUAGACGUAUGUUCUGCCUAUAUAUAUCCGUAUCUUGUUGCUGACUGCUGGACAGGCAUACCUUCGUAACCGAAAAGAGCAAAAUGUCAUGUCUUCGAUUGAAGAUGGGAUGCGUAGGACGGGCCGGGAUUUCGAUGCCUUUGUUGCGAAAAACGUCACGAUGGAGUGGGAAUCCCAGAAGCAGCGAAUUUUUGAGCACUUCGGUUUGGCUCCAAGAUCAGCUGCUGCCGCCGGUGGUAACCCUUCAGAUGUACGCGCCAGUGGUUUCGGGGGAGGGCUUAGUGCGUUCGGGGUAUCGUCUUUUGGACGCUCGAGGUUGAAUUCGUCCUUUGGGCCGGGGAGGGGGCUUCAGACAAGCGUUUGGUCGAGGUCUACCUUGGGGAAUAGUGUUCUCGGGCGCUCCACAUCUGCUGCUUCAAGCGGCCAUCAGGGGACACUAUUUGGUGACAUUGACCCUGGAAGGCAGUUGGAGCUAUCUAGGCAGGUGCAGGUUAGGCAACAGCACUAUGCUUUGGAUAUUAGACGUAUGAAUGAAGUUAGAUUGGAGUCUGGGAACGCUGCUCGUAGGGUUUUCCCAGUGAUGAAGAAAUUUGGGGAUAUUACUGGUGAAUCUGGCACUGAUUUGGUAGGCUCAUCUGACGUAUGAUUGGGACUGUUAUUAAUCUAUUAACAGCUGACCGUUCAACUUCAUGACUCAUGGAGACUGUUAUCGUAUAUCACUGGUGAAUCUGAGGUCCAUGAUGCGAAUCCUUUCAGCGGGCCUCGGGAGAGAGGUUUCGUUAAGGACUAUGUUAUCAACACGGCGAGCGAUAGUCAGGAAGCCUCCAGGAUUCGUAAACAUGUGCAGAAGGGUUCAAGGAAAUUUCUAGAGAAACAGUAUGUUCCUCCUGCCCGCAUGCUGUUGAUAGAUGAUUGCUAAUGUCACUAAAGGUAUCGAGAUGUUGUUGAUAGUGCUAUUGCCGAGAAUCCUCAAAUUGCUAAAGUUGGUGGUAUUCCAUCCGUCUUCCACAAGUUCCGUGGCUAUAUCAACAUCAAACUAGCUACCAAUAAGGAUAUCCCCGAAUGGGAUGUCAAGAACUUUGAUUUUGUUGCCGACGUUCCUUGCUGGGCAUUGGUUUUCUAUCUUAUCCGAGCUGGCUAUCUCGAGGAGGCUGAUGAAUUUGUUCGUCAAAACCAACAAUCGUUCCAGAAGCUUGACCGCAGCUUCCCAACAUAUCUUCAUGCAUACUGUUCCGCUGGUGAUGAACGCCGGCUACCCAGAAAUCUCCUGGACAGGAUUCAAGCGGAGUACAAUAACCGUGUGAAGCAUUCUGAGGACACUAAAGAUAUCUUUAAGCCUGCAGUGUAUAAGAUCAUUGGUCGGUGUGAGCUUACAAAGCGAUCUGUGCCUACUGUCAUGCCUACAGCAGAAGACUGGAUGUGGUUGCAGCUUGUGCUCGCCCGUGAGAUUGAUAGAUCCACGGAUCCGGCACACGAGGUGUUUACAAUGCAGGAUUUACAGAAGGGUGUCAUUCAGUUUGGGGCCAAGCAUUUUGGAGCCAAGGGAAGCAAUGUGGGAUUGUACUUCCAGAUGUUGUUGAUGUCUGGGCUUUUCGAAGAUGUGUGCCUGCCCAUUCCUAUCCGUUUUGGCGUGUUCGGUGCUAACCAAAUUCUAGGCCGUUCAUUAUCUCUAUUCAUUCCAGUUUGUGGAUGGUGUCCACUUUGCAAUUGCGCUUACCUACUAUGGGCUACUAAGGCCAACCACCAAUCCCGCAAAGGCAGAUACAGAUCUUUGUAAGAAUUUGCCCACACAUUGAUUAUAUUGGAUGUUAAUAACAUUGUCCUUGCAGUGACUUUGGGACCUAAAGGAGAGAAGCAGAUCAACUUUCCUCGUCUUAUUGGCUAUUACACUAGAGACUUCCGGACACCAAAUGCAGAGGAGGCUGUAGAUUAUCUCUGCCUUAUCUGUCUGAAUGGUGACUUGCCUUCACCCGCCGGCGGUCAGCACCUUACUAUCUGUCAUGAUGCGCUCAGGGAACUUGUGUUGGAAACUCGAGAAUUUACCAAGCUUCUUGGUGACGUGCAUGCCGAUGGGACAAGACAGAAGGGCGCUAUUGAAAGGAGGAUGAAACUGAUUAAAUUGGAUGACCAACGGGAAUACCUCCGGACGAUUACAGAGCAAGCCGCUGGCCAGGCAAAUGAUGACGGCAGAGCAUCAGAUGCGGUCCUGUUAUAUCACUUGGCCGAAGAUUUCGAGACUGUUGUUGAGAUCAUCAACAAGAACCUUUCCGACUCGAUUGCUUCUGAAGAUGUUGCACUUGACUUUAGCCACCAGGCCGGAACUUCCGCUCUACCGGGCGCGGGUUCUUCCCUUACUUCUGUCGAUGAUCCGGUCCAGUUGGCCAAACGCAUGCUUAGUAUGUACGCCAACAGCGCCGCAAUGUAUAGCAAGAUUUCGAUUAGGAGCAGGGAAGCUGCCGAGGUGCUUCUUAGCAUUGCAGAGGCCAAGAAGAGGUAUCGAGAAGGGAAAUGGGAAUUUUGUCUUCAAGUAAGUCCUUUCUCAUGCGUACCAUGGUGUGAUUGGCAUUAACAUUUCUACCCUAGAUUAUUCAGGAUGUCGAUGUGAUACCCAUCGAAAAGGAUGCAGAUGUGGGCUCCAUCCGUCGCCGAGCCCAAAACUUUGGCACCCUUCAUGAUACUGUUGCCAGGAAUGUUGGUAUUCUCCUCAAGAUGACGGUGGAGUGCUGUAGCCGUCUUUCGGCGGAGCUACGGGACAGCAUGUAUGCGGACGCUAGUAGGAACCGGAAAGUCAAUGAACUCAGGACUAGAGCUAAGAACGUGAUGAUGUACGCUGGGAUGAUACAGUAUAAGCUGCCGGCGCACGUGUAUGAGUUUAUCAAUAGCAGGGAUAUGGCAGAGGGAUUUUAGAGUUGGAAAAAAUUGUAACGAGGCACGAAUCACGGGACAGAAAGCGGGGGGCCAAGUUUAUUUUUAUUUUUAUUUGUUCGCGAGAUACGGUUAAUAAAUGGGCUGUUGUGUAUGAUACCUGAACGCUUAUUUUUUUUUUCUUUUUUCCUUUUCAAUUGUGGGGCAUUUGAUUGAGUGUAGAACUGAUGUUGGAAAUUGGGUCAUAAGCGUUGGACAUAAGAGGAAUGUAAAAAAGAAUUCUCUUGCCAGCGUAUUUAAUUUCAGUUGUCAAUAGAUCCACUGCAUCUAGGAUACGGUAUUGCACUACGAGUAGUUUAUCUUAUCUUAUCGUAUUUCAUGAACUGUUGAUUGGU